GUGCGCACACUCUGCCUCGGCUCCAAGUGAAGAAUAGUGGGCGAAACGCGGCUGAUUGUAGUAGGUUAGUGACUUCGAAAGCUUCAAACGAGUUCCCAAGGUGGACUUACAUUUCAUGGAAAAUACUGGCCCACAACUCUCAGAGGACACAAGAACUGGAAUGCUGGACGCUGAGUCCCCUGCCAUGGAGAGCAACGGGGAUGCCUUUCUUCCUGACCUUCCUGCUCUAGGUGAAGCUGCUGUCUGGUCCUUGGACCAGGUUGCUCCUGAACCUCUUACCAGCAUUUUGCCCGAGGAUUCCGAUGCGUCCCAGGAUGCUCCUGAGCAGUUACCAGACCAGCAGAUGAUGACUACAGGACUGGGUGCUGUUGAGAAAGCUGUGGAGCAAUUUCAGCUGGCCAGUGCUCAGCUCUUCCAAGAGGAGCAGCCACCACCUCCUCCUCCUCCUCCUCCACCGCAACCUACAGAGGAGCCAGCACACAAAGCAGAGUCUGUGGAGGAUCAGCCAGGCAGUGUUGAAAUGAGUUUAGAACCAGAAGCUGCUGUUCAAGAUGCCACAGAGACGCAACACGUGACGGAGGAUGGCAUGGAGCUGGAGGAACAACCAAAGGACACAGCAGAGGAAACAACUGUUCCUGCAGAACCAGACCUGCCGAGUGAGUUUGAAAAGCUUUUUAAGGGGUGCGAGGAGAACCCAGAAGACUUCAAUGGAUGGGUCUACCUGCUGCAGCAAGUGGAGCAAGAGAACAUCCUUGCAGCUGUGAAGAAGGCAUUUGAUGUAUUCUUCCUGCGCUAUCCCUACUGCUAUGGCUACUGGAAGAAGUAUGCAGAUAUUGAGAAAAAGCAUGGCAAUAUACAAGUUGCAGAGGAGGUGUACAGACGAGGUUUGCAGGUCAUCCCUCUCAGUGUGGACCUGUGGCUGCAUUACCUGACCUUCAUCAAAGAGAACUCAGACCCUGCUGACCCUGACACUGAGGGACGCAUUCGAGCUGCCUAUGAGCACGCAGUGCUCGCAGCAGGCACAGACUUCCGCUCAGACCGUUUGUGGGAGUCCUUCAUCACCUGGGAGACAGAGCAGGAGAAGCUGGCUAAUGUCACCGCCAUCUAUGACCGCAUCUUGGGCAUCCCAACUCAGCUGUAUUCUCAGCACUUCCAGAGGUUCAAAGAUCAUGUGCAGAACAACAACCCCAAACAUUUCCUGUCAGAAGAUGAAUUUGUUCAACUGAGACUUGAGCUCUCUAAAGCCAGUCUGACACCGAUGAUCAGUGAAGAAAGUGAGACCCCUGUUCCUCAGGAGGAUCUGCCGCCUGGAACCGAGGAUCUUCCUGACCCUGCAAAGAGAGUGACAGAGAUCGAGAAUAUGCGCCACAAGGUGAUUGAAGUGCGGCAAGAGGUUUUCAAUCACAACGAACAUGAAGUCAGCAAGCGCUGGACAUUUGAAGAAGGGAUCAAAAGACCAUACUUCCACGUCAAAGCCUUAGAGAAGACCCAGCUGAACAACUGGAAGGAGUACCUGGACUUUGAAAUCGAAAACGGGACCCCAGAGCGCGUGGUUGUGCUUUUUGAACGCUGCCUCAUUGCCUGUGCACUCUACGAGGAGUUCUGGACCAAGUAUGCAAAAUAUCUAGAGGGCUACAGCACUGACGGCGUGAGACAUGUCUACAAGAAGGCGUGCACCGUCCAUCUGCCCAAGAAACCAUCCAUCCACCUGUUGUGGGCAGCAUUUGAGGAGCAGCAAGGCAACGUAGACGAAGCUCGUGAUAUCCUGAAGUCCCUGGAAGCGGCAGUACCUGGUCUGGCUAUGGUGCGUCUUCGGCGGGUCAGCCUUGAGCGACGCCAUGGAAACUUGGAUGGAGCAGAGGCCCUGUUACUGGAGGCGAUGGAGUCUGCGAAGAAUUCUACUGAGACCUCAUUUUAUGCUGUGAAGUUGGCCAGGCUGCAGAUGAAGGUGCAGAGAAGUCUAAGCAAGGCCAGGAAGGUGCUUCUGGAUGCUAUUGAAAAAGACCAGACGAGUCCAAAGCUGUAUCUGAACCUGCUUGAGUUGGAGUACAGCGGAGACGUGACGCAAAAUGAGGCAGAGAUCUUGGCUUGUUUUGACCGUGCCCUGCAGAGCCCGAUGCCCCUUGAAUCCCGCCUCCUCUUCAGCCAGCGCAAAGUGGAGUUCCUCGAGGACUUUGGCAGUGACAUUAAUGUACUUGUGGCUGCAUAUGAGGAACAUCAGAAACUACAGAAAGAAAGUGAACCCACGAAGAGGAAGGCCGAGAACGGAUAUGACAGCUCCACUGAACCUGACACCAAGAGACAGCGCGUGGAAGAUAGCGCCACGGGUGCAGCAACCGCAGCGACAGACACACAGGCAAACAACUCUGCAUACAACUACAACUGGUACCAGCAACAGUACAGCGGUUGGGGACAAAACAACUGGGGACAGUACAACCAGUACCCCCAGUAUAACCAGUACUACCCCCCUCCUCCAACAUAAUGGACAAAAUCCUGACACGAAGAUGGAGACUCGGAGACAAGCAUCCUUUCUGACCUGCCUACUCUAUGAACAUGGCUACUCAACAGGCUGUCAACGAGAAAAAAGAAAUGGAUUUGUCCCUUCUUUAUGGUUUAAUGUGUGCUUAUCGGAUAUAGAACACCUUGUAGCCAUUAUUUGGAAACUAGCACACUUGGGCCUCAUGGCAGUCAUGUUGAUUAGUCAUGUUUAAAAAAAACAAACAAUUGAAUUGCUCAUCCAUCAUCUCCAACACUGGCUGCUGUUUUGGAUUGUUUAUGCAUGUUAACUGUGAAGGCAGAUUUAUUUCCCCCGUGUGAUAAAGGCUUUUUGUCUUUUAGAUUGGAUGACUCAGUUUGAGCUCUCUCUUUGCGUUAAAGAAUUUAAACUUGUAAAGGAGGCAUUCAUAGAUGUACCUCUUAAGUUGUGUGUUUCUCCUGCCCAAAACUGAAAGAUU